AAAUGUACUAUAUAACCACGAUUUCCUGCAGAGUACUUAAGCAGGAAGGCGUAUCCAUCAGUGGCAUGGAUUUAGGACCCUGGAGACGCCAGGUGUUUGUAGGAUCCAGCAGCAGACUACAGUUGCAAGGAUCGCUCGAUGGCAGCGGGAUAAAGCUGCAGGACAGAAAUGUUGAGCCGGUCAAACCAGAUUAUGCGUCUUGACGCGCUGGUGCAACAGCAACAUGGGAGCCUCGCAGACGCAUUCCGCGUAUAAGUACCAGGACCUGAUGACAAAAACAGGAUUUUCACUGGAGCAGAUCAAAAACCUCCACUAUAGAUUCCGGCAGCUGAGUGAAAAUAAUGAGACAUUAAGUAGAGAAAACCUGGAGAACAUAAAAGACCUCGCCGACAAUCCAAUCAAAAAGCAAAUUGUUGAAGCCUUCUUUGAUAAAAGGAACCAGCAUCAGAAUGAGAUGGGCUCCUUCGAGGAGAUUGGCUUCGAGCAGUUCGUCAUGGUCAUGUCCCACUUCCGCCCUCCAACUCCAAAGAUGACAGAGGAGGAGAAGCUAGCUAUGAGAAAAGACAAGCUUCACUUUCUGUUCAACAUGCAUGACUCAGACAACGAUGGCAAAAUCACUUUGGAGGAGUACCGGAAGGUGGUAGAGGAGCUUCUGUCAAUGAGUGGAGACAUCGAGAAGGACACUGCCAGAGGGAUAGCAGAUGCUGCCAUGUUGGAAGUGGCCAGCACAAAUGUGCCCAACAUGGGCCCAGAUGAUUACUAUGAAGGAAUUACAUUUGAACAUUUUGAACAGAUGUUUAAAGAGGUUGAAAUGGAGUCCAGGAUGCACGUUCGCUUUUUGGAUGUAGACACCAGAACAAUACACUGUGGGAGUUCGACCUCUUAAAGGAGUUGUUGUUCAAAAGUGUUUGUUUUGCUGUUUUUUCUUUUUUUCUUAGCAGGACUCUUUAAUGUAUUUUGGAUGAGUGUGAAAUAAUUACUUAUUAGACAAACAUUCAAUUGUCUGAUCUUGCAGAUAAUGUACAUACAAAAGAAACACUCAUUGGCCACUUCAUCAGAUACACCUGGAUGCACUUCAAAACGUUUUGGUUUAACUGUCAAAUCUGUAAAUUCAAUUCUAUGUUUAUUAUUGAGCUCAUAGUUAAAGGUGGUGUUGUACUGGGCUACAUUGUAUCCAGAGGCAUUCCUAAUAUUCUGACCCUCUCAUACAGCACUGCAUGCAGCUGGUGAGGACAGAAAUAGACACCUCUGUAAUAUAGGUCAGUACACCACCACCUUUAACUAUGACCUCAGUAAUAAACAUACAACUGAAUUUAGGAUAUUUUGAGCUUCAUAAACACAGAUGUCAAAGCGAAGGUGUUGCCCUGAAUUGCACACAGUUGUACCAAAAAAAGCAACACUCAUUGGCCACUUUAUUAAGUAUAUAUUAUCUGAAACUGUUGCACAAGAUCACAGCCUUGUAGACAAUUAUUGUACUUUUUUUUUUUAUCUGUUUGGCUAAUAAGUCUAAUUAUUUCACUCUGAUCCAAAAUACAUUAAAGAGUCCUGCUAAUGGCCGGUGAAGCGCAUUGCAUUCACCAAAGAAAAUUGGAGGAUCUUAUCUCCUAAUUAUGACUGACUCCAUAAUUAUGACUUAAACUUACGUUCUGCAGCGUUCCAACCCCUGCAUUAUCUUAUGAGACAAAUUUCAUAAUCAUGGGAUCCUAAUCUAGCAAUUAUGAAUUAUUAUAAAAGAUCUCAAUUCUGAGAUCCAUCUCUCUUCUACACAAUCUUUUUCUCUUGCCUGAAAAUCAUCAGGUUUUAACAAACUCUUUAGUAUCAAAGUAAUUCAGUGAUAGUUGUCAGUACAUAACAGUGAACUGCUAAUAGCUAAUUCGCCCAAUGGGAAUCGAGGUUGCUGUCUACAGUGUGACUCACUAUGUAUGUGUACUGAGCAGGAGCUGGAAAGCUUCAGAACCUGCUUGGGUUUUUAACGUAGCGAAAUAGCCAAUUCAGCAUAAUUAGUGGUCCAAUGUGUAAAUUAAGUCCUAGGCUAUAGUGGUUAUUAUUAAAGAAGACAGAGGCAUUAUGUUAGGCUAUCUAUACAAUGAAUAUGAGCUUAAAUAUCAAU